AUGGUUAUUUUAACUGAAGUUGUACCAAUGAGUAAAAGAUCAUUGGUAUUUGCAUCUAUUUCAGUAGUUUAUUCAACUUCUAGUGUAUUGGGUCCUAUUAUUGGUGGAGGUUUAGAAAAAAUUAGUUGGAGAUGGUGUUUUUAUAUAAAUUUACCUAUUGGUGGAAUUGCUUUAUGUGUUUUAUUAUUUGGUUUUCAUCCUCCUAAAACUAAAGGUAAUAUUAAAGAAAAAUUAUCACAAAUUGAUUUUAUUGGAUUUAUAUUAUUAACUUCUGGUUUAGUUAUUUUAUUAUUAGCUUUAACUUUUGGUGGUAUUAAUUAUCCUUGGAAUUCAGGAUCAAUAAUUGCUUUAUUUACCGUUGGUUCAGCAUUAUUAUUAUUAUUUAUACUUUGGAAUUUUAAAUAUUCAGAAAAUCCUAUUAUCUUAUCUGAAUUUUUAAAAAAUUGGAGAGUUUUAAUGGCUUGUUUAGCAGGAAUGUUUAAUUUUGCAUUUUUUAUAAGUAAUUUAACUUAUUUGGCAGUUUAUUUUCAAGUUAUUUUCAAUCAUGGAAGUUUACAAUCUGGUAUUGAUUUAUUACCUUUAGUUAUUUCUGUUACUUUGGCUUCUUUAGCUAAUAGUUUUUUCAUUGAUUUUACUAAAAAUGUUAAAAUUACCAUGAUUGUUUCAGGCAUUUUAUCACCUUUGGGAACAGGUUUAAUAUUAUUAUUUAAUACUGAUAGAAAUGUUGGUUUACAUAUUGGUAUAUUAAUUAUUAGUGGUAUUUCAAUUGGAUUACAAUUUCAAAGUUCUUUAUUAUCGGCUCAAUUGGCAGUACCUAAAGAUAUUCCAGGGGCUACUAUUUUAGUUACGGUGUUUCUGGAUUUUCUUAAAAAUAUAGCAUCAACAAUUGCAGUUACAUUAUCACAAUUAUUAUAUCAAACAACAGGUCAAAAUUAUAUUAAUAAAUUAUUAAAAAAAUUGGAUAAAAAUUCUCAAGAAUAUAAUGAUUUAAAAAAUUAUACUGCAUCAUCAUUAAUAUCCAAUCCUGAAUUGGUUCAAAAUUUACCUUCAAAUACUAGAAGUUUAGUAUUGGAACAAUUUAUGAAAGGUUUAAAAAAUGUAUUUUAUUUGGGUUUAGCAUUUGCUAUUUUAUGUUUCUUUACUUCGAUAUUCACUACUAAUCAAAGAAUACCUAAAUCAUCAGAAAUUAAAACUAAAGAAUCUGACGAUAAUGAAGAACCAACAGCUAAUGAAGGAGAAAAGUAG